GCUCAGGCAGCAUCUUUUAAAAUCGUACUGUUUUAUAAACAUGGUUUGCGUAAAGACCUCAGGGAUGUCUACCCAAAGUCAGGAAGUUUUCCACCGUCAUUCCUUAUUGUUUGCUUCUGCAAACGACCUGCAGAUUUCUCUGGUGUACAGAACCAAAGUUGCUGCAUGAAGACAGACGGAGAAG